AGAUAUUUAAACGCGCCUACCAUUACUCUAUGUAUCUUGUUCCGUGCAACUUGACGUUCCCUUGACAGGCAGGCGUAGAAAAUCCAAGCAAAACAAAUCACGAAUCACAAAUUUUACAUAUCGACCGAUAUCUGGAACUACAGAUACGUUUUUCACCGAACAAUUCAUACUGUAAAGGAGAAGCAUGAGUGAGAAUCCAAAAAAUCAGAACGGCGAAGUGAAGCAAGAAAAGUCCGACUCGAAUCAUGGCGGCAACAGCAGCGGAGCGCAAGAAACCACACGCCAGGAUAGCAUCGAGCGGAUCAUGAUGCGCAAACAAAAGGUUUAUCAGUUACCGAGAAAUCAAAAGCUGACCAAGCUUUCCAUGUACUCGUCCUGUCAAGCAAACGAAUGCCGCUGCAGUGGCUGGAAAACGCCGGAGGAGAAUCGCCAUAAAGAUGUGGAGGUCGAUUAUUGCCCCGAUUUCGCUGAAGAGUGCCGAAAUCCAAACUGUAAGCACAGUCUUGAGACGCACAUUCAGCAUCUAGGUGAUAUUACCGAGGAACAGAUGAACGAGCUGCUGGGGGCCAUUGUGGAUGUGGAAAAUUUGUACAUGAGCAUGCUCCGGGAAACGGAUACCGAUACGAAGAAGGUAUAUGCUUAUCUGUUCCGUUUGUUGCGGCAGUGCAUUCUAACACGUACGCAGGCCGUUAUACGAGGACCGCUAGGAGAUCCUCCGUUUGAACAGCCCUCGAUUUCCAAAGCAGUCACCAACUUCGUUAUGCACAAGUAUGGUCAUCUCCAUCAGGCAGAACUGGACUCUAUGACCGAUGUUGCGAAGACGUUUCUGCACUGUCUAAAUCAUUGGAAUUUUGAAGCACCGAGUGCGCGGCAGGAUCUAGUUAGCCAGGAGGAUGUUUCGAACUACAAAAUUAACUACACGCGGUGGCUGGUGUUCUGUCACGUGCCGGCUUUCUGCAGUUCACUGCGGCACUUUGAAACGUCUGUCGUUUUCGGCCGCACACUGCUAAAGGCCGUCUACCAGUACGUAUACCAGCAGUUGCUGAUGCGUUGUAAGAUUGAGCGCGAUCGAAUGCCGCCGGAAAAACGUAUCAUGCUUACGCAGCUGCCCAAAUUCCUCGAAGCACUUAAGCAGGAGGUAGUGAACGAAGAUUCGCCAAUCUGGUCGCCAAACUUUAAGCCAACGUCGUCGCUUCUGCUGCACAAAACCAAGCGCCAGCACGAAGGAUCGUCAUUGUCGGGGACAGGCAAGAAGAUGGGAGAUGCAAAACGCUACAAAAAGGAAUCAGACUGCGAGGAUCUGUCCGAUGAUGUGGUAGCGCGUGCACUGAAGCGCAUAAACGACAGCAACUACUCCAGCCGGGCGGAGGUCGUCUUUCCACCGAACGCACCUCGUGAUGAAGCGGCUAAGGCAGAAGAAAAUCGGCGAGAAAUCGAAUUCCAUGUCGUUGGCAACUCGCUCACCAAACCGGUAACGAAACAAUCAAUGCUGUGGUUACUUGGACUACACAGCGUCUUUGCCCAUCAGCUGCCAGGAAUGCCCAGGGAGUACAUCAGCCAGCUAGUGUUUGACCCGAAACACAAAACGCUAGCCUUAAUUAAAGAAGGACGUCCGAUUGGUGGAAUAUGUUUCAGAACAUUCGUUUCGCAAGGCUUCACAGAAAUUGUGUUCUGUGCAGUUACAAGCAGUGAACAGGUGAAGGGGUAUGGUACGCAUCUCAUGAAUCAUUUGAAAGACUACAGUACCCAGCGUGGCAUUAAACAUUUCCUCACGUACGCUGAUGAGUUUGCAAUCGGUUACUUCAAGAAGCAAGGAUUUUCCAAAGACAUCAAGGUAGCGCGCCACGUGUACGCUGGAUUCAUAAAAGAAUAUGAAGGUGCAACGCUCAUGCACUGUGAACUCCAUCCCAGCUUAAUUUACACGCAAUUUAGCUCAGUCAUUCGAAAGCAAAAGGAGAUCGUAAAAGAAUUGAUCACUCAGCGGCAGCAGGAAGUGCAAAAGGUUCACCCUGGGCUGACCUGCUUUAAGGAAGGUGUUCGUAGUAUACCUAUCGAAUCGAUACCGGGUUUGCGAGAAGUAGGAUGGAGACCGACAUUCCGAGCACAGCGAACAGCUCGACCGCUAGAAGAAUCGGCAGACCCGGAUAAGCUGGCCAAUUCGCUGAGCGGAGUUUUGCUUGCUGUUCGGCAGCAUACAGCUGCAUGGCCGUUCCUGAAGCCGGUCAAUCAGGCGGAGGUGCCAGACUAUUACGAUCAUAUUAAAUACCCGAUGGAUCUCAAAACGAUGAAUGAACGACUCAAGAAUAAAUAUUACGUUACCAGACGGUUGUUCAUGGCUGAUAUGGCCCGUAUUUUUACCAAUUGUCGUCUUUACAAUUCACCGGAGACAGAAUACUAUCGCUGCGCCAACACUCUCGAACGGUAUUUUCAAACCAAAAUGAAGGAAAUCGGUCUGUGGGAUAAAUGAUGUCCGCUAAACAAUCUCGAUCGGGCAAACCUCCACGCAGCCAGCCAAGAUGACGACGACGAUGAAGACGAGGAUGACAACGAUCAGGACGACGAAGACAACGAAAAUGAUGAUGACGAAGACGACACGAACUUUGACGUUAAUGAAGGUCCUGCUAAUCCUGGAACUAUGAAACAGCAAGAGAGCAUCAAAGGCACUCCCGUUCUAGUUGAUGAACACCGGAAAACGAUAAAGAAAUCUUACGCCUCCGAUGACCGUCGUUGUUUUGCCUACUCGUCGUAUCACGGAAGCGUUUACUGUAAACCGGGUAGAAAGAGUAGUUACGGUAGAAAGAGUGUACCAGGUGCUGGUCCCACACGGCACCUUACCGUUACGGGGACCAGCACAGUGCCGGGUUUGCUAUGUAAAGAAGACGGUACUAAAAUGGCAUCGGUUGUUUUAGAUAGCGAAAGUGCAACCAAUGAACGGGGAAGUACUGGACAGGGUAAAUAAUUUAGUUGAUUGAUUGAGCAGCGCGGAAUUGAAGCUAAUUCAGCAUCGCAAAAAUCUAUCCAAAAAACAUUUUAAAAGCAGUGUUCGUAUUGUUCGGUACUUGUAUUUAUUGAUUCCAGAUGCAAACAAUGAAAGUAAUACUCGUACUCGUAUAAGUAAAUUGUACUUUUUAGAUUAAAAAACAGUUGCAAAUAAAAGUUAAUUAUACGGUGUCGUAAA